AUGAGCCAUGCGCUCGUUAAAGGUGAUGAAGAUAAUGAAAUAAAAGGCUGCUUUUCCGAAGCAAGCACUUCCGAGCAACACCGUGACGCUUUCACUCCUAUUUUGUUCGUCGACUUGCUUGAGUUGGAUUCUUACAGUGAGAUGUCACUGGAAGCUACUGUCAAAGGAAUAUGUUUUGAAAAUGCAGCGACUGAAAGUUUCAGUGAAUCUGCUCUCUGUUUUGCGGGCAAUCAAACGAAAUUUCAAGUUUCUGAACGAGGUGAAGGGUCAUGUGAAAGAUGUGAAGGUAUUUCAAGCUCUUGUUCGGACAUAAAGAGGUCUUCAGAUGGUUUAGUCAGGGUCGCUAAGCGUUCUGCGAAUUUCCAAAGCAGUGAAGACAACGAUUCUUCGUACGAAGAUCCCAGAGCACUCGAUUCAGAAUCACGUAGAACUUAUCUUCUGGUAGUACUUUUUAAAAUCUUCACCCUGGAUAAACAUUCUUUGCGGAAGUCAUUAAGAAAGAAGUUGAAAGGGACAGAGGCUAGUAGUGACGGUGACUUAGUAUCAAAAGACAAAUUUAAGGAAGGUUGCGAGUCACCUUGCAUUCAGUCCUGUAGUGGGGUCGCAGCAAGCGAGUUGGUGACUGGGAAUUCAGAACUUCAGUGCUCUGAUUGUUCUGUUACUCCUGACUUAAAGAAGUUGGUCAAGCGAUAUUCUAAACUUCGCUUUCUCCUAGUGAUGUACCAUGAACGAAUAACGGAAGUUGAAAAGGAAAACGAAGCUUUGAAAGGGCUUUGUAGGAAUCUACAGAAUCGAUUUGUUGAUGAAAAACGUAGAAUUCACAGUGAAGUUACUAAGCUCCAAAAAAGCCUUCGUUGUAUAGUGGCUGAGAUGAAUGCGUACCAUAAAGCUUUAUUGAGUGCUUAUGACGAGUUUGACGAGAAACGAAGAUCUGAAAAGAGGCGUUUGGGUGAAGUCCUUGAUAGUUACUCAGAAAAUAGUAGAAAAAUGCAGGAUGUUAUAAAAGUGAGGUCUGCCGAAAUAGAGCAACUUAGGACAGCCUUGAAUCAGAUGAAGAGGGAGUUUGCAGUUCAAGAUAGAGAAAAUUACUUGGCCAGACAGCGGGCUGCCGAUGCGGAGAAAAAAUUGUCUGAUCAACUAUAUUUAGCUUGUAAGACGAAAUGCCCCUCUUGUAAAGUUUUUGAGAAGAAUAAAGAUAUUUUAUAUGGGCAGAUUGCUGAUAAGACUGUAAUAAUCGAGAAAGCAGCAGCAGAGAUCGAGGAGUUAAAAGGAAAGUUGGAAACUAAUGAAAAAACAGUACAGCAGUUACAAGGAGAAAAAGCUCGUCUUACUUUUGAAAAAAAGUCUUGGGAAAAGGAAGCAAUGCGUUUGGAAGAAGAGUUGAAGUCAAUGAAGUUUCAAAGCGGAGCAUUUUCUGCAGUACUGACUCCUCAAACUUCUAAUAACUCAACAACUUCUGAUGAUAUUAUAGAGCAGCACCUAACUAAGUUAAGCGUUGCCACUCAAACUGCAACUUUAUCUGGUUGGGACCGUUCAUUGUUGAUCAUAGGUUUAAUUUUAGAAACAAGGAUUUCUUCGCGUGCUCAGCAAGACAACCGUUUGAAACAGGGCAAAGAUGACGUUGCUUCCUUGGACUUGCUUCCUCUAAAAGUAGACGUCCCACAUCCUAGCGCCCCAAAUGCUUUCAGCUCCUGGUUGAAACAUCCUAGGACUACUGGAAUAAAGUCGGAAACAUCAGCGAUUUGCGAGAUGGAACCAAAUAUUUCAACGCAAAUCGUGAACUGUGGUGAGCGUUCUCGUAACGCUUCUCACAACGAAGAAAGUGCAAAGAAACGAUGUCUCGAAAUUGAAAGCUCUUCUUAUGUUAAAAACAAGAGCCCAGCGGAAAAUCGAACAGCAAAUGACAGUCAGUUCUUGAAAAAUGCUUCAAAGAUGCAGACGCAAGCCGAAAUGCCCAAGGAAGGUGGCUUAUCGGACAAUCUUUCAUACAAAAUACCUGGUAGGGCGCCAGAUCAGGGGUCUGAUAUUGCAGAAAAUAGGAAUUCCCUCGGCAAUGCAAAAAUAUUUAGCUACCAUUCACGUAAAAGUCCCGGUUGUCCGUCUAAUGACUCGUUGACUGGCAGGAGACCAUCUAAGCGAAGAGCUAGAAAGGGACGUAAAGGCAAAGCUCAAACAUCUAGAAGAGAUGGUCUUUGUGACUUGUCUCAUCCGAUACUAUCUCGCUCGCAGUCUUCGUCUAGAAAGGACGGUAAAUCAACGUGGCAUAAAGGAACUGCCACAGAAAGUCGACGGCGCAGGGCCCACUUACAACCGUUACGCGUAUCUUCUAGUAGAGGGGCUAGUGCUGAAUUAGGCGAGAGGCGAACUUUACCAAAAGAAGUUUCUAAAAAGCAAUUGCGCCAAGUAAGAUUAUCAAAUGAAUUACAAGUUCGUGAAGGCGACCCUCAACCUGAAAUCAAUUUGAGUCCGCGUGGUAGAAGAGAUUUUUUUAUGGAAUGUCCAGUAUCCAGUGGAGCGCAGAGUUUUCCGCCGAGGACAUUUGCAUUUGGCUCAAGUUUUUUGGAUGAAAACACACAUAAUGCACCUCUACAUCCUAAGCAAGACAGUUGGCGUCAGGAAAACACACGUUUCAGACUCGUUACUCAUGAAACGUGGAACCACCCUAGUUUUCAACCGAGAGAAGAGGUUAUUGGUUUCCGAGCUUCUGUGAGAUGGUGA